AUGGAAGUAGAGCUGCAGCAGCAGGACCCAUUAGAGGACGUCCCAGAGUCAGUUGUAGCAGAUGAUGUGAUGGACAACCCGAUGAACCAAGAUCAAGACAUUGAGAGGAAUGGUAAGCAAAAUAUGUGCAGUGUACAAGGCAUGCUUUUGGACCCCCAGAUCAACUUGAAGCUCUCAGUUGAAGCCACAAGGAAGUUGUUGAAUCGCAAGCCUGAAGGCAGACCCAAGCCAUUGCUUCGAUUGGUGUGCAAAGGGUGUGGCUUAUCUACGCAUGACCCAGACCCAAUUGUGGGAGAUGAUUGGUUGGAGUGGAGCAGUGGAUACUACAAGCUGACCAGCCGCAUGCGACAGCUUGGUGUAAGUGUGGAGCAACCAACAGGUGACUUGUGCAAGUGUUGUUCUGAAACUGGACGACGUGCCUAUCCGAAGAUGAAGAGAGAAGCUCUGAUCAGUUCACUCGAAGCUGGUGGCAAUUUUUUGGUUGAAUUUUCAGAGAGUCGCAGCUCCUACAUCGAAGAAGUGAAAGAAAGGCUGCUCACUGGCAACAUGCGUGUCAAGAAGCGCUGCAAGACCAUCAAAAAAGAUGAUGUAGCCGGAGUGUCCAAUAAAGUGAAGGGUACCUUCAUGGAGCUCGAGAAGUACAAGAAGGAGUUCGGGUCACCUUCAAAAAAUGGGCUUGGGCACGUAGUCACCAAAACGACUAAUCCUUUGACCUGCCAGCCUGUUGAAGCGGUCUUUGUGCCAAAGUUAAAGGCAGGAAUGUGGAAUGGUGAGAUAUCCAACCAUUCAUUUGUGACUUCAAGUCAAGUUGUGGAUGACGAUUGCAACGCAUUGAGAAAGAACCAGUUGCAAAGCAGCCUGGACCAGGAACAGAAAGCUUUGAUGGACUCGUACUCGACUAAAGGGGUUGCUGCAGCUUCUUCUUUGGCGGAGUCUCGUCAAAAGCUUGAGGAAGAAGCAGCAGCAGCAGAGGCAAAGAGGAAAGCAAUGGCAGAAGGCAACAAGGAGGAUGAUGGCGAAGAUGAUGAGAACGAGCCCAAACGAAUGAAAUGUAACGGUGAAGAGGAGGAUGAGCAGGACGACAUUGAUGAGGAUGCUGAAGUGAUGUAUAUGCAGGCUCUCCAAGACAAGGACGAAGACAAUGAUGCUCCGAUGUUUGGUGAUGGUUCUGGUGAUGAAGGUGAUAAGUGUGAACAUAAGAACAAGAAGCAGAAGGUGGCUACCAUCAAGGGCAGCUCUAGCUCAGGGGCCAAGCCGGCUCAGGUGAAAAUGCAGAGUGUUGCUUCGUCUCCCAAGUCACAGGCGGUAGUGGUGCCUUUGAAUUUGAAGCCAUCGGCAGUGCCAGUGCUGUCUACUCCAACGGCUCCAAAGACUCAUGAAACUUCAGUUCCAAUGGCAGCUGGCAAGAAACAGCCGGUUCCGUUUGCUCCAGGUGAUCACACGACAUGGAGCAAAUGCGACCUGAUUUCAUCUUUGGAGAUUUCGUCUGAGCACGGUGGCAAGAUCUUUGCUCCUCCCAGCCUUAAGACCUACCAGAAGAAUGCGAACAACGUGGCCAAAUGGAGAGUGGAAGUAGCAAAACAGAAGCCGUGGUUGAUGAUCUUUGAAAGUCUCUUCGCGAGCGACCAGGGAAUCAGAGUCACAGAGCAGCAGGCAAAGACAGCCUUGACUCAAGCAAAGAAGGUGAACAACAAGGUGGACAAACGACUUGGGUAUGAGACUGCGAACAACGGGGAACUUACUUUUCAUGAAAGGGUAUGUCAUUUGAAGGAGGCCCUGCAGGCUACCAAGGAGUUCAGAAGUAAAGCAUUGGGGUCAGCCAAGGGUGGGCCAAUUGCUCCAGAUGUGCUUGAGAAAGACAUUUCCCAAAUCAAGAAGCCUUUGCAAGAACUUGUUCCAGAUCUCAAUCCAGCUUUUCCUCUGCAUUGGGUGCAGGCGUGGGUCACAGCUGCUUGCCAGCCGAACCUCAGCGAUGAUGUGCCGAUCACCGAUGAAGCAACUGCGAGAGCUUGUGCCAGUCAGCUGUACCUGUUUGACACGUUGCUGAAGUCUGGAGAUCACGACGGUCCGGCUGCUGACAAUGCGUACGGGAGGAUGACCGACUUCUUUUUCUUCUGCCCCGGGUCUCUGCAAGAUGAAAAGAUUUGUCGCCUCCAGUCCAAAUUUAUCGGGAAGUUGCUGAUGAAAGCCUUUGCAGCCAAGUUGUCUCUUGAGGAAGCAGUCAAUGUGUUGAAGGCGUGCCUCCCAGAAAAUCCUGUCCCACUGACCUUGGAUGCCUUGACUUCCAUGGUGCUUGACAAAGCCAUGGCGGAAGCACUGUGGGUUCUGUACCAGAUGCUGCACGGCGCUGUGACCGAAGAACUCAUGGAACAAGCCAAAACUAAGUUGACAAGGGAAGAGUUUGUCAGCUGCCAUAGGCCAUUGUAUCGUUUGGUGCAGAUGAGCCAGUACAAGCGUUCGGUUCAUUCCUGCCACCAAAAGCUCAGUCUUGUGCAACUGGAUCGGGCUGCAGGAGAAAAGGCAGAAAUGCUGAAGGAGAAGAUGAGUCAAAUCUCAGAGCUUCCAGUCAAGCUCAAGGCUGAUCUGGAGAGUGGGAACAUUGCAUUUCUGGCUAUUUUGGAUGCAUUGGAAAAAGUGGUGGGAGUCAAGACCGAUGCUGCAGCCUUGCCCAGCGAUGUCGGGAGCAUGUUCUAUGAACAGCGCAGCCAGAUCAUGGAAAGCAUCGAGAAGGAGCUACUGCCGGAGCUACAAGACCUUCUAUCCACAACAUUUCUUCACUUCUUGCAGAAGAUUUGUGGCUUUCUGGAGGGAAGUGAUUGGCAGGAACCAGUCCAUGCGGAAUUGUCAUCGAGUGGGAUUUCGACCUUUUCUGCCAAGGUGAAAGGGGGGCCCCCAGUGCUAGGCCCAGGAAAGUAUGCAUGCCGGGAAGUGCUGGGGUGUUGCUCAUUUUCUUUGAGAAGCUUGGCAGUGUACAUUGCCGAUCUUUGUGAAUGGCUGAUGCUUCACCGCACGCUUGAAGGAAAGACACCAAGUUCACCUUUUGUGGGUGAGAUUGAAUGCGUGUCUUUCGCAGAGGCGAUCUUGGAUUCACACAGGUGCAACAAGGACAUUGCCGAAGCCUCGGCAACAUUGAGGACUACCGUCAAAACAAAGACUGAAGAGCUUGCUGUGAAUGUGCUUCGCCAAAAGCCGGAAUCAAAACACAUUCUGCUUACUCUGAAGCCUUGGGUUUCCGAGAUGGAGGAGGAUGGAGCCAAACAACUUUACAGUGACCUGUUGGCUGAGAUCAGAAAGAAAGAGCAGGAUGAGCUUUCUGGCGAUGGCAGCAACGCUUUGGGAGGUGCCUUCUCUAAGGCAUUCGGAAAUAUGGAAGAGCUACUUGGCCCUGAAUGCCAUUUGCUGCAGCACCUGACGGGUGCAUCUUUGGAGAAGCUUGUGGCAGAGCUUGGGGCAAUGAAGUCCUUGGGUGCUUGCUACAAGGACUUGGCCAAGCAGAUUGCAUCUGUCGACAAAUCACUGGCCGGACUUGACCAGGUUAACCAGGCUGUGAAGAUGGAGGAGUGUGCAAAACUACUCCUUGCUUGUCAGUCAGGCUUGAUGGCUGUGAAUAGUGGCAGUGCACAGAAGGCAUCAGAUUUCCAGAAGAGGCUGGCAGAACGUGACCUGAGUUUGGAGUUGCUGCCUACAUCCUUGCAGGAAGCAGUGACCAAACUCGCACUGUCUGCCGAGGAUGAUUCAAAUGCAAAGUAG